AUUACCCCUAAAUCGAUUUUCUUCUUUCCAAGCUCCUCCGGUAAAUCGCUAUCGAUGGCGGAUCAGAGCCCUAAGCCGUUGCAGUUCUUCGUGAGACUACUCAACGGAAAAUCCCUAACCCUAGCUUUCCCCUCUCCGUUAGCCUAUGGCGACGAGAUCAAGCAGCGGAUCUUCGAUCACACGAAGAUCCCGAUUCAUCUCCAGCGUCUGAUACACGGAGGACAUCAGAUCUCCGACGGAUCCGCGGUUUCUCAAUCCGAUUCCACCGUGAACCUCGUCCUCUCUCUCCGCGGAGGUAAGGGAGGAUUCGGCUCCUUGCUCCGCGGCGCGGCGACGAAGGCUGGGCAGAAGAAGACGAACAACUUCGACGCGUGUAGGGAUAUGAGUGGGCGGAGGCUGAGGCAUGUGAACGCGGAGAAGAGGCUUGAGGAGUGGAAGGAAGGGGAAGAGGAGAGGAGGCUUGAGAAGUUGGCUCAUGAGUUUCUGAAGAAGCAGGCGAGUAGAGUGAAGGAAGGCGUUGGGAAUGGAGAUACGCAGAAGUAUGUGAAGAAGUAUCAGGAAGAGUCUGAUAAGUGUAUUGAGGCUGUGGACUUGGCGUUGGAAGAGUCUUUUAAGAACGGGAAGAGGAAGGUUUAUGCUGAAUCUGAAAAGUCCAAGCGGCUCAAGAUAUGGAAGGGGAAGAGAGCUGUUGGAGAUAGUGACAGUGAUGAUAGCAGCGACGAGGAGGAGGAUGAGGAAUCUGUUGUUUUAAACAAUGGUUGUCAAGUUGUUCUGGAUAAAGGUACUGGUGAAAGCUCAGGCUCGGUUAUGGAUGGAGGUAAAGCUUCCAGUGGUAGCGGUUCAGAGGAAGAGAAAGAUGUUGUAGUGAACCAAAGCUCAGAUGUACCUAAGGGAGAGAUGACUGGGGUUCAAGUGGUUAACGAAGAAAAGAUGGAUGAUUCUUCUGUGACUGUUGUUGAUGGAGUGGUUCAAACUGAGAAGGAGAAUACGGUCGAAGCAGCUUCUGAAGCGUUAGUUAGUUCUGUUCCUGCUGAGAAUCAAGGUAAUGAUUCUGAAGUAAAGACAGUAGGAGCUGCGGGAGACACAGAGUCUGUUGAUGCAGCAAUGUGUUGCAAACCUGAGGAACCGCUUAACUUUGAUGACUUCAACUCAGCAAAAGAUAUGGAGGUAAUGGGGAUGGAGAGAUUAAAGACUGAGCUUCAGUCUCGUGGACUAAAAUGCGGAGGGACGUUGCAAGAGAGGGCUGCGAGACUGUUCUUGCUCAAAUCGACACCAAUCGAUAAGCUCCCAAAGAAAUUGCUGGCCAAGAAAUGAAGAUGCAUCCCAAAAAAAACUUGUACUACUGUUUUCAAGUUCUCUGUUUGUUGUAGUACUUGACACAAACCCACAUGUGUAAUAUAUAAAGCUAUAAGCUUUUCAACGGCUAGACUCAGUAAUUCAACAAGUUUUAUCUAUUCCGCAAUUCAUUUUUCA